CUUCAUCCGUGUGCGCGUGUAUAAAUAGGUUCACAGAGCAAGUGUGCCGUACAGCUUGUUAAUCACGCACGUGCAUCAUUUGUACACGGCGAAAAAAACAUGACGUUCUUGGUAUUUGUGCUGGCUGUGUUGGCAACGGUUUGCCUGUGUAACGCUGCGGUAUUUGUCAACGACUGGGACCAGUCCUUUAAACGCCAGUGUCCGUCGGGGACGUCUCUCAGUUCCAUCUACAGCGAGCACAGCAACUACCGGGAGGACAGACGCUGGUCCCUCGCUUGUGCUAGGACAGGGGCAACGGCGUCAUGCGCGUGGUCACCCAGCCAGAGUGACUCCUACGCCAACAACUACGACGAACUUCUUCUGUUUCAAUGCCCUGACCAGGGCGUCAUCACGGGGAUAGACAGUCGCCAUAGCAACAGUCGCGAGGACAGGCAGUUCAAGUUCAGGUGCUGCACGAUCCCAGACGUCAUGCUGACGGAGUGCACAUACACCGCCUGGCAGAACGACUACGACAAAACCAUGGACUUCAAGGUGCCUGCCGGGAAAGUCCUCAGAGGGGCAUUCAGUCUCCAUAACAACAAAAAGGAGGACCGGCGCUGGAUCUUUACGGUCUGUUCCACUGUGCGCGUGCGGCGUUCGUAGGAACAGCUGUCCUCGUGGUGUCACUGCACGUAUAGAGGUCAAAUAAAACUGUAAAAUACA